UUGGAAACUCAGUUCUCCUAGGAAAAGCGAGGUCUCUGCCUGCUGGUUGCAACCGAGAGUCUUCUUUGCUCACCAGAAACUCAGUAGAGAUCUGCGGACGGGAGUUUCUGCAGGGUCGCCGGAGCGAGUGCUGGAACAAGAAUCUCGCAGGCGGGGCGAGUGAGGCCGCUGGAGAAGUCGACAUGACGGAGCAGGAGAAGAGGAACCUGCUUCGCUAUAGAGCGUACAUACGGAAGAUAUUGAAUCCUGCCUAUAUAUUGAGUUACAUGAAAAACUGGCUCACGGAUGAGGCAGUGGAGAGAAUUCAAACUACAGGAGAGAAGAAGGGACCUACAGUUGCAGCAGAGCUAUUUAUUGACACCAUCACUGAGCUCAUGGCCGAAGGAUGGUUCCGUGGAUUUUUGGAUGCACUGCGCGAAGCAGGUUACACUGGCCUUUAUGAAGCAAUUGAAAACUGGGACUUCAAGAUGAUUGACAGUCUGGAGCCGCAUAGAAUAUUACUGAAGCGAAUUGAGCCCUCCAUGAAAAAUAUUGACCCUGACCAGAUACUUCCCUUCUUAAAUGAGUGUCUUAUACAUCAAGAACUGGAAGAAAUUCUACAGCUUAACCAUAACAAAGGCAAAGGAGCAAGUGCAACGAAACUUUUGGAAUGCCUGGGUAGGUCAGAUAAGGCGCACUGGCCUAAAACCUUCCAGACUGCACUGGAUCGGGCUGAUUAUUAUUGUGAAAGCAGGCUGUGGGAUUUGAAAGAAGAACAUAAUAACACGGAUGCUGAAAUGACAGAUGUGGAUGAGGACAGCCGUGCUGUUGAAGUAAAUUUACAUUAUUCAGAAGAAGCAGAAUCUGACAACCUUAGUGAAAAUGCAUGUUCCCCUUCAGAAGUCUGUCAGCGAUCCAUUUAUGUUCCAAAGGAGGCUAGGAGCUAUCAGACUGAACUUGCCCAACCAGCUUUCAAUGGCAAACAUACCAUAAUUUGUGCCCCUACUGGAUCUGGGAAGACCUUUGUGUCAGUUAUGAUAUGUGACCAUCACCUCCGCAACAUGCCUGCUGGGAAGAAAGGGAAAGUUGUCUUUCUUGCUACUAAAGUCCCAGUAUAUGAACAGCAGAAGAAAGUCUUCCAGGAGCACUUCAAAAGAAGCAGUUACACUGUUACAGGCAUAUGUGGGGAAACGGCUGCGAAUGCCCCUGUAGCUAUGAUGAUCGAGGGGAACGAUAUAACUGUCAUGACUCCUCAGAUUCUCGUAAACUGCCUCAAUGAUGGAACACUCAGCUCUCUUUCAUUGUUUACACUGAUGAUUUUUGAUGAGUGCCACAACACCGUUGGGAAUCACCCUUACCAUGUAUUAAUGUCCAGGUACUUGGACCUUAAAUUUGAGCAGGCUGCAACGCCACUACCUCAGAUUAUAGGACUGACGGCCUCUCUCGGCGUUGGUAGUUCCAAGAAUCUUGAUGAGACCAUAGAAUACAUCUGUACACUUUGUGCCUCUCUCAAUGCUGAAGUCAUAUCGACAGUCAAAGAGAAUGUAAAAGACCUGGAGGAAGUUGUCUACAAGCCCCAAAAAAUUAUUACGCUUGUGGGGAAACGUCCCCGUAAUUGUUUUGUGGAGGUUAUUUUGCACAUGAUGGCUGAAAUAGAAAAGCUGGCAAGAGAGCUUUAUCCUAUAGAUGCUUUGUCCCCCAUCCGGAGCAGGAGUUUUGGGACACAGAAGUAUGAACAAUGGAUUGUUGAUGUACAGAAGAGAUGCCGAAUAUUGCAGGAAGAAAGCAGCAUUUGCAGGGCUCUUUUUGUUUACACAGAGCAUCUGAGGAAAUAUAAUGAUGCCCUCAUUAUUAAUGAUGAUGCCCGUACCCAAGAUGCACUAAAUUAUCUGAAGGAAUUCUUUGAGAAUAUCGGAAGUGGAGGAUUUGAUGACAUAGAACAGCAGCUGGCAGCAAAAUUUGAAGCUAAAGUGCCAGUGUUGAAUGCAGCUUGCCAAGAUGAAUCGAAUGAAAAUCCCAAAUUGGAAGAAAUCACUUUCAUCCUGGAGGAAGAAUACCGCUUCAAUCCCCAGACCCGCACCAUUCUUUUUGUUAAGACAAGAGCACUAGUGGCCGCACUGAAGAACUGGAUAGAAGAAAGCCCCCGACUCAGACACCUGAAGCCAGAAGUGUUGAUGGGACGUGGGAAAAGAAAUCAGAACACUGGUAUGACCCUCCCAAAUCAAAAAGGUGUAUUGGAUUCCUUUAAAACUGAAGCGAACAGCAAGAUGCUCAUAGCUACAUCUGUUGCUGAUGAAGGGAUUGAUAUUGCUCAGUGCAACCUUGUCCUGCUGUAUGAAUAUACAGGCAACGUCAUCAAAAUGAUCCAAGUCAGAGGUCGCGGAAGGGCAAAAGACAGCAAGUGCUUUCUUGUGACUAGCAAAAGUGAGCAGGCAGACAAUGAACGCAGCAACAUAUUGAAGGAGGGGAUGAUGAACAAAGCCAUUGAGAACCUGCAGAAGUGGGAUGAGAAGGUAUUCAUGCAGAAGAUAGAUGAUCUGCAAAAGAAGCAAAAGAGGAUGCAAAAUUCCAAGAAAAAAGAACCCCAGCCAAAGCCAGUGAUAAGUGAUCUGAGACUGCUGUGUGGGAAAUGUAAAAAAGUAGCCUGUGACACAGAGAACAUCAGGGUGAUUGAGGGUAGUCACCACACUGUCUUGGGUGAGAGCUUUAGGACACGCUAUCAAACAAAGCCUCAUAAUCGCCCAAACCGCUAUGGCAAUUUUGAAAAAAGAAACAAGAUGUACUGCAGUGCUCCCAACUGCCAUCAUGACUGGGGAAUCACAGUGAGAUUCUGCACAUUUGAGGAUCUCCCCAUCAUCAAAAUUGAAAGCUUUUCGGUGGAGAAUGUUGCCACUGGAAAACAGUUAUAUUUUCGGAAAUGGAAAGAUGUUAAUUUUGCAAUCAAGGAAUUUGAUAUUAAUGAGAUGACUGACUGAAAUGUAGACUAUCUUAAUUGAUUCUGAAUGUUUAAGUAGCAAUAUGUUUAUUCAGGACAUAAAACUUAAGGUAGAAUUUAUAGAAGGCUCUUACUAAGCAGCUUUCAAGUUCAUUAUAUUAAAUUUGAAACUGCAGCCAAUAAAAUUAAAAUGCCAGAAGUCGUACAUCAGUUUGGUUUUUAAUAUGGUUAGUCCACUACUCACAGUAUUGCUUGAAGCUAACCAAAUAUAUUACAUUUCUGUCUGUAAAGCCUUUAAACAAUAUAUGUAUUUUAAAAGAUGGUAGCUUGGCUGAAUUUAAAACAAGGAUAUCAACAAAAUCAGUGCUCUUCGUAUACACUGUUGACAGUCUAUCUCUUGUUUACAUUGAUUAGGGACAAUUGUUCAAUAUGUUGCAUUUCUGACAGCGCAGCGUGACACCAUUAAAUCUUUAUUUCAGA